AUGGACGCCGACGAGAUGGACGUCGACCUCGACGGCGCCGGCGGGAUGGACUCCCUACCCUCGGCCUCCCCCGCGUCCGCCUCCGGUUCCCUCCCCGCCGUCCUCUCCGAGCUCGCCGCCCUCCACCGCCGCGCGUCCUCCUCCUCCUCCGCCACCUCCCCGCCCCUGUCCCUGCCCUCCAUCACAUUCCUCUCCUCCGGCCCCGCCGCCGUCGCGCCCAUCUUCCCCCGCCUCGCCGAGGCCGGCGUCCCCGCGUCCUCCCUGCUGCCCCCGCUCGAGGCCUCGCUCUCCGCGCACCCGCUCCCCGCCGCCGUCGCCUACCUCCGCCUCCUCCUCGCCCCGGGCUCCCCGCUCCUCAUCCUCUUCUCCCCGCUCCCCUUCCUCUCCCUCCUCCUCGCCAUCCGCAAGGCCGCCGCCGCCGCGGCCUCCGCCACCGGAGCCGGCAGCGCCGCCUCCAACCCUAGCUCCGGUUCCGGCGCCGCCGCGGCCGCCAACCCCCGCAAGCGCAAGAACCAGCGCCAGAAGCCGCCGGCGGCCCCGCGGGCGGCGCCGUCGCUGCUCCCGAAGGCGCUCUCCCUGCUCGCCGACGCCGCGGGAAGGCUGCCGCUCGGGGCCCACCCGGACGCGCGGCGGUCGCUCGUCGACACCGCCGCGGAGCUCGCGGCGUUCGACGUCCUCGCCGCCGUCCUUGGAUCCGACUACCACGCCGGGGCGGUGCAGGACGUGAUACGCGCGCUGGCCCCGGUGGUGCUCUCGGCCACGAAAUCUGCGGCACGGGUGGCCGCGGUGCAGUUCCUCGUGAGGAAGUUGGUGCCUUUGGGUGGCGAGGAAGGGGAGGAAGCAGUUAGGAAGGCAGUGGGGUACCUUCCGAGGUACUUGGCCGUGAAGGCCCCGGACAAGGCGGAGGCCAGGGCACUGGCGGUGGAAGCCAUAGUCGAGGUGGUACGGGCAUUGGACGCUUUGGGAAGGGAGGGAUUUGCAGGGUACGUUGUGGCCAUGGCAAGGGGCAAGGCAAAGGGACGACUGCUUGCUGUGGAUUUGGUCCUUGCCUUGCUGCCAGUGCUGUUACCAUCUGAAGGGGAUGACUGUGAUACGGAGGAGGGCUCUUGGGGGCUGAAGUUUCUGCGGCUGUUGGUGGAGAGGUGCUCAGAUAGCGUGGGAGGUGUUCGAGCUCGGGCGUUAACGAAUGCAGCACAGGUGCUUGAUGUUUUGUCUGAGAGAGGUGUGGAGGUUGACCGGUUGCAAGAGGUGAUGAGGAUUGGGGACAUGGGGCUUGGGGAAUUGCUGAGACGACGCUGCACCGAUGAUAAGGCUGCUGUGAGGAAGGCUGUGCUUGUGCUCAUCACAAAGGCAAUCGGUUUGAUUGGGAGACCCAUCGAGGAGUCUCUUCUUUCUGCAAUGGGCGCUGCAUGCUCUGAUCCAUUAGUCAGCAUCCGCAAGGCUGCUCUUGCUGCCAUCUCAGAGGUUUUUAGGAAAUUUCCUGAUGAGAAAGUGAUGAAAGAGUGGCUUCAGGCCGUGCCGCCGCUGGUGAUUGAUAGUGAGACAAGCAUCCAGGAGGAAUGUGAAAACCUGUUUCUUGAACUGGUGCUUAACAGGAUCUGCCAAGCUGCCAAUUCGAAACUAGAUGAUGAUUCCAUCACCUUGGAGGAAGUUUUCCCUGAAGGGACACUGGAUUUGCUGAAAAGCAUCUGUGAUGGAGAGGUUGCUCCAUGCAUAAAGAAGAUAUGUGCAAGCCUUGGGAAGAAGAAGAAGCUGAAACCACUACUUGCUAGCUCACUGCAGAACAUCAUAACACUAUCUGAAUCCUUGUGGUUGAGAAAUUGUAAGCCAAUCGAAAAUUGGACUGCACCUAUUGGGUCCUGGUGGCUUCUUUCUGAAGUCUCAUCAUUCGCGCCAAAAUCAGUUGACUGGAAGUUCCUCUCCCACCACUGGAAACUUCUUGACAAUGUUGGCCAAGAUGACAGAGGUAAAGCUUGUUCUCAAGUGGAACCAAACUCUGCGCUCUGGGCAGUCAAUCGUGUGUCACUCUUGCAAACCAUUUCAAAUGUCUCCAUGGAGCUGCCUGUGAAACCUGCAGCAGAAUUGGCACAGAGCUUGCUCACAAGGAUUGAGGAUUUUGAUAUGAAUCUGAGUGAGGUUGAUGCGCAUGUAAAAGCACUGAAAACUUUAUGUAAAAGGAAAGCAAAAUCAGCUAAUGAGGGUGAUGCACUGAUCCUGAAGUGGGCGCAGCAACUUAUCUGUAGUGCUUUUGACAUCCUUGACCAGUACAUAAAAGAGGCAUCUGAAUCAGCCAGGGGUCACAGUUUCGUUACUCCUAUGACUGGCAAACGCAAGGGAACGAAACAGACAUCUGCAUCAAAGUCAACAUUACGUGCAGUUGUUGCUGUGUUCACUGUUGGAUCACUGAUCCUAGCUUGUCCUACUGCUGAUGUGAAGGACAUCACCCCUUUGCUACACACAAUUGUAACUUCUGGAAGUUCUGAGCCAAGGCCAAAAAACCUUGUUGGUGGGACCAUUUCUUUCAAAGAGUUAGCUCCAUCAUUAUAUAUACAAACGUGGGAUACAUUAGCAAAAAUAUGCCUUGUAGAUGACAAAGUGGCCAAACGGUACAUUCCAAUUUUUGUUCAGGAGCUUGAGAGGAGUGAUAUGGCUACCCUUCGGAAUAAUAUCAUGAUUGCGAUGGCAGACUUCUAUGUCCGUUAUACUGCAUUGGUUGACUGUUAUAUGUCAAAAAUAACAAAAUCACUACGUGAUCCCUGUGAAGUAGUACGGAGACAAACAUUUAUCCUACUCUCUAAGUUGUUGCAGAGGGACUAUGUAAAGUGGAGAGGGGCUCUCUUCCUUCGGUUUCUGCCAUCUUUAGUUGAUGAGUCUGAGAAGAUUAGGCAUUUGGCUGACUACCUUUUUGGGAACAUCUUAAAAGCUAAAGCGCCACUCCUUGCAUAUAAUAGUUUUAUUGAAGCUAUAUAUGUUCUAAACGAUUGCACUGGACACGGUGUAUAUAGCGACUCUCAGUCUCAGGGAAGUUCAGACAAAAGACCUGCCCUUUUUGCAAUUCGUGGCACUGAUGAAAGAUCGAGAUCAAAACGAAUGCACAUUUAUGUCUCUUUGCUGAAACAAAUGGCACCAGAGCACCUUUUAGCCACGUCGGCCAAGUUAUGUGCUGAGAUCUUGGCAGCUGUUUGUGAUGGAUUGCUCAGUGUUGAUGAUGCUGGUGGAAGGGCUGUACUUCAGGAUGCUCUGCAGAUACUGGCUUGCAAGGAGAUGCGCAUCCACCCCAACAUCUUGUCAGAGAAUUCCGAGAUGGACGAGGAAGGUGGCGAGGGCGGGGGAAUGGCCAGCGCGCUCCUGGCGGCCAAAGGGAGGGCGGUGACCCAGGUGGCAAAGAAGAACCUGAUCCAGAUCGCGGUCCCGAUCUUCAUCGAGCUGAAGCGGCUGCUGGAGAGCAAGAACAGCCCGCUGAUCGGAUGCCUGAUGGAGUGCCUGCGCGCCCUGCUCAAGGACUACAAGAACGAGAUGGAUGAGAUCCUGGUGGCGGACAAGCAGCUGCAGCGCGAGCUCCUCUACGACAUGCAGAAGUACGAGGCAGGCAAGGGGAAGGGCAAGGUUGCCACGCAGGCCGAGGCCGAGGCUGGUCCCAGCGGCACCGGCAGGUCCCCGGCUGGUGAGUCUGCGAGAGCCACUGUCAGGUCGGUGCUGAAGGAGGUGAACCUGAAGGCGCCGACGCCGCCGCUGCACUCGAUGAGCGUGCCCAAGGUGAAGUCCAUUCUGGGCAGUGCUGGGCCGGGCUCUCGCCGCCCCGAUGUCCUCGAGUCGGUCCGGCGGCUUCAGCCGUUUGAGUCGGACGAUGAGAGUUAG